CUCGGUCUUGUUAAGUCACGUCUUGGUGUCCAACUCAAUCAGUAAUAAUAUCGACGAUUGUGGAGAUACUACGCAAUUGAUUUGACUUCUGCCGGGUUGGACAUCAUUGUCUCGGCGAUUAGGACGGAAAGGCUCUUAGGUGAGCUAUUAACUGGCUAAAUCACUACAAAUCACUAGAAUGCCACCAACUGGGAGAGAGAAGAAGAGACUCAGGGACUGGCUUGAGGACCUCCUCAAUACCGGUCAGGUUCCCGGGAUGAGGUGGACAGAUAUGGAGAGAGGUGAAUUUCUAAUGGUAUGGAGGAAUGGUAACAACAGGGCGUGGACGGAAGAGGAUGGAUUCAUCUACAGGGAAUGGGCAAUUCAUAAAGGACACUACAAACCGAAUCCUGAUGGCACAUGGCCAGAACCUGACUACCCGACUUGGAAGUCAAGACUAAGAUGUGCUUUAAACAGAUGCAGUGAUUUCCAGGAAAUCAAACAGGACCAAAAGGUUGAAUGGAAAAUGUUUCGCAUGGUCCCCAAGGAGAGAGAUCCCACACCGGAUCCCACACAAGCAGCGCAGUAUGGCGCAGUUCAACCAUCAUGUUCUACCGAUAUGUACAUCAAUGUUUAUUUUCCACCAAACAUUCCAGCUGUUGUAACAGGAAUAAAAGCAACCCCGGAUUCAUCGUAUGAAGAAAAAAAACCACCAGACCAGAUGAAGCAAUCAGAUGGAUUCUCAAGUCUCAAUUCAGAAGCGCUGGCUGGGUUGACACCUGAGCAACUGGCAAAUUAUGCCGACGAAUUGAUGGAUAUAUCGCUAGAAAAUGAUGUGAAGAUUGAGUGUGAUGAAAGCCAGGAGAUGCCAGACUCGCUGUCACUACUGAGCUUGAGGUCCGAGCCAAAAGUUCACGAUAUGUGCUUUUGGUUAAGAUACAAGAGCACAGUCAUCAGAAAAUGUAUCCUUACGAACCAAAAGGGAUGCCAAAUCUACAACCCUGGCUCGGCAAAUAUUCCCGCACUUGCACCUGAGUAUGAGAUGAACGGCCAACAUAUUGGCCUCCCCCUUCCAAAGGGAUACCUCCCAGGCAACGACGACCAACUCCACUGUGAGGACAUCGCAAAUAUUCUGGAAUACAUGGACAAUGGAACACAGAUUUUUACAGAUAAACAGGGGGAUAUUUAUGCCAGGCGUCUGUCAAGGUGUAAAAUCUACUGUGCCAAUGCUUCAAUGAAUGCAGCGGAGCCGUACAAAUUACCACGCUACCAAAAGAUCAAGGUGUUUGACUUCGCCGCCUUCCAGCAACAACUUCUGAAGGCCAAGACAGAAGGUGGAAAAGUCCCCAGUGUCACCGUCGUGUUUUCAUUGGGGCAAAAGUGGUCGUGGACAAAGUCUAUCAAUAAGAUGUGCAUAUCUGCAGCAGUUGCAAGUGCAAAAUGUUGGUAUGAUUUGCGAAAGUUCAUGUCAUCAAGACGGCGUUAUCCGGGUAGAGCUGUAGAGGAGACUGCCAUUGAAGUCAGUCUGGAGAAUAUGAACCUGGGGGACUAAAGAAUUAGGUCUCAUCCAUCCAAAAUGAUUUUAAGGAAAACAGACAACCUCUAGGACACGAAGCGAAUACUACCAACUCAAGAACUUUUCAAACCAGGCUUCUUCACAUUGCACCUAUUCCAUAUUCCAGACUCAGUUCCUCAAACGUUUACAACGCAGUGACUCCAAUCUGGGCAUUGAUUUCAGGCUGGGUUAAAAUAGAAUUACACAUUAUAAUGAAAUGGCCAGGGCCACUGUGCUCACCUCCCUCACAGACAUGUUAUUGUUUUCGAUUUAAGCCACUUGGUGGCCAAAACCAGGAAUCAAACCAGACCGAAAUUUAGUCUACAAGCUUUUAUAACAUAGGGCUACACAUGUACCAAAUUCAAGUCCAUAGCUCCAGUAGUUACCAAACGUGCGACCGUCAACCAAUUUACGCUAUUUGACCUCUGUGACCUUGAAAAGAAGGUCAAAUCAAAAACUCGUGUGACAUGAUAUGUAUCGUCAUUACAUGUACCUACGAUGAAUAUUUGGUGAUGAUCGAGCCCUUCGUAAGGGAAAUAUAGCACAUUUUCUGUUUUCGAUUUUAGCCACCUGGUGGCAUUAUGAAGAAUCAAACCGACUGAAUUUUGGUCUCCCAGGUGUCAAUACAUAGGGUUUCAAGUCGAUAGCUCCAGCAGUUACAAAACGUGCUUUGAAAAAAAGUUAAUUAUAAUUUUGAUUUUGAAUAACACUCAUCAAAUCAAUCAUAGAACUUUGGCCACAUGAAUAAAAGAUGUUUUGAGGCAAUCAGUUUUACUUUUUGUUUCCAGUUUGUUUUAUCUCGUUACCUGCAUUAGUUUUGAGCAAAAGAUAUUUUUAAGUAUCUGUUGCUCAAAACUAAUGCAAUUUAACGGCACUUCUGCUUUUUAACAGGUUUGGGUGUCGUUGGUCAUCGAUCAAACUCUCAGAUCGCAGUUAUAAUCCACCCAUUGAUUGAUUUGAUGUUCUGAGUGUGGUGCAACCAGAGUCUUUCAAAUAAUUUAUUUGAAAGACUCUGGUGUAACAUAGAAGUAAGGCCUACGCCGUUCGUUAAAUAUUUGACAUUUGAAAAUGAAUUUGAAAAUUUCAAAUUGUGCGGUUGUGUAGACACAUAUACAAAUACUUUAGAUACACAUUUUCAGCUAAUUCGUAUGCCUGAUAUAAACUGCACUACUGACGCCAUUGUGUUUAACAAUAUUUCUUUUUUCCUCGACCACCAGUAAGAACGAACAGCGUACCCCUUUAAAACUCAUUGACCGUCUUUGAAAUCCCACAAUAUCCCCGCCUAUGGACUUAAAAGAAACACGAGUUGAAAUUCAGGACGGCUAUUGAUCGUUUUAACGGUACACAACUAACUGGUUCAGUCAAACUCGCCCCAGUGCCGAAAUUAAAAAAUUUCAGACACUUGAAUUGAUCAAUUGCCUCCAUCUUGGAUGUCAGCAUCCUGAGAUUCAGGGUUGUCACAAUCGUAUGUCAUAAACUGUGUCGCCAGUUCAGAUUGUAAAUCUUAUUCAAGUCGAAUUAAUGCCAC